CUAGCUUUCUGCUUCAGUUGCCGCAAACGCUGUCUCUCUGUGUGAGCGCGCGAGAGAGAGAAGAGAUAGAGAGAGAGCAACAAUGACGACGAGGUUGAAGAAGCACAGGAAGAAGAGAGGCCACGUCAGCGCUGGCCAUGGGCGAAUCGGAAAACACCGCAAGCAUCCCGGAGGCCGAGGAAACGCCGGAGGUAUGCACCACCACCGAAUCCUGUUCGACAAGUACCAUCCAGGUUACUUCGGCAAGGUCGGCAUGAGGUACUUCCACAGGCUCCGCAACAAGUUCCAUUGCCCCAUCGUCAACAUCGACAAGCUCUGGUCCCUCGUCCCCAACGAAAUCAAGGACAAGGCUUCCCCCAACAACGCUCCGGUCAUCGAUGUUUCGCAAUUCGGCUACUUUAAGGUCCUCGGCAAGGGCUUUUUGCCUGCUUCUCAGCCGAUUGUUGUUAAGGCCAAGCUUGUCUCGAAGACUGCUGAGAAGAAGAUCAAGGAGGCUGGUGGUGCUGUUGUGCUUACUGCUUAGGUUUGGUUUUGCUUUUGAAUUUGAAGUAUUUUGUUUUUGAAAUAACUGUGGUUUAUGUUGGAUCUAUUUGGAUUUGAUGCGAUUUUGAUUAUGCAAUGCAAUAUGGAUAUGGUUUCAAAUUUUUUU